UAGUAAUGGCCGCGCGCUGUGAUGUCAACAAGAAGAAUUGUGUUACAAGCAGAAGAUUUUAAGUAUUACGCACGUGCGUUACGGUAUAAUGUUGCUUCUACUGAUUUUGCGUCGUUGAGUUAUUUUAGUCAUACGGUGUUAUGAAGAUUCAAUACUGAGAAGAAGGUAUUUUGGUUUACGUACAGAUCAAUACUUCGUAGAAUAGUAUAUUGUCAACCAGAAUAAUUGUAUAACGAGGAGGGAAAAUGGCUGGACAACAACAUCAAUUCCCAUCUGGCUUUCCUGCAGCACAGCAGUCAGCUAUGAGAACUCAGUUCGGUGGUGGACAAAUGGUUUCAGGUCUUAUGGGACCUCAGCAAGGUGGAUUGGUAAACCCCCAACAGUUUGGUGUUGGUGUCGGUGGAGUUGGUUCAAAUUCCAUGGGUAUGCCAAAUGCCCAACAGGUCCUGGCACAGCAGCAGCAGCAACAGCAAUCGGUAGCCAUGCAGCAAAUGCAACAGCAACAGUUGCAGUUGCAACAACAACAGCAGGCUGUCCUAGUACAGCAAAAUAGCCAAGGUGGAAAUCAGGCAACAACGCCACAAACUCCAGUACCACCAACUCAACCACCUGUACAGCAACAGCAGCAGCAGAAUAAGGAGUUCAACACUGCCAGCCUUUGUAGGUUUGGACAAGAAACUGUUCAGGAUAUCGUCAGUAGAACCUUGGAGGUUUUUCAAACGUUGAAAGUCCUACAACCACCGAACGGUACGCCUCAGGGAGCUAGUCUAGCUAAUGAUAAAAAAGCAAAAGUACAAGAACAGUUGCGAAUGUUGAAACUACUAUUUAAACGCUUGAGACUGAUUUACGAAAAGUGCAAUGAAAACUGUCAACUCCAAGGUAUGGAGUAUACGCACAUAGAAAGUUUAAUUCCUUUAAAAGAAGAAUGGGACAUGAAGUCUGAUGAGAAAAAGACAUCUGAAGCAUAUAGGCUUGCUUGCGAGGAGAGUAAAGAAAUCAUGGAGCAAGUUGUUUUAAAAAAUAGACACCUCAAAGAAAUCAUCGAUCACCUGAGACGCAUUAUUUCGGAAAUCAACACGAUGCUCAAUAUGCGUCGAUCAUAAUGCUCGCAAUCUGAAUAAUUCUGGGAAUAAUUUAUUAUAUCAUGUUCACAAGAAUAAAGUUAUUAUUUUAUAAAAA